GCACCGCCACUCAAAUUUCGAACACGAGUUUCUUAAUCCAAACAUUUGAAUUUUUGGAAUCCUUUUGUAGUUCGAAUCGUGAGUUUGUUUUUUGUGCAAUAAAGAGAGAUUUAUUUACUUAAAUAUUUUUACAUUAUUCUUAGAAGUUAUUAACAAAACGCAUUAUGUUAUUCGAUUACAUCGAAUAAGAGAGGAAUGUGAUUAAGUGACUGUAUUGUGGUACAGUGAACACCUGUGGACAUCUGAACCGAUUGUGAUGUGAUACAGGCCUUAGGGCCAAGGAAAAAUGAUGAAAAUGGCUUCUGUUUUGAUGGGCUCGGAUCCGCGCGUGGCGACAUGCCGCGGACGCCUGCAGACACGGCGGUGCCAGCUCAACCAGGAGAUUAACAAGGAGCUUCGUUUGCGUGCUGGUGCCGAGAAUCUCUUCAAAGCGACUACAAACAGGAAACUGCGGGAGACUGUGGCCCUGGAGCUGAGCUUCGUGAACUCCAACCUGCAACUCCUCAAGGAGCAGCUGGCUGAGCUCAAUUCUUCAGUUGAGCUAUACCAGAGCGACAGUAAAGAAGCAGUGAUGCCCAUGAUCCCACUAGGUCUGAAGGAGACGAAAGAGGUGGACUUCCGCGAGCCGUUCAAAGACUUCGUCCUGGAGCACUACAGCGAGGACGCUGCGACGUAUGAGGACGCAAUUUCUGAUUUCAUGGACAUGAGACAGGCGAUACGCACACCGGUGCGAUCGACCGCAGGCGUGGCACUGCUGUUCAAGUACUACAACCAACUGUACUUCAUCGAGCGCCGCUUUUUCCCGCCAGACCGCUCGCUCGGCGUUUACUUCGAGUGGUUCGACUCACUCACAGGAGUCCCAUCGUGCCAGCGAACGGUGGCUUUCGAGAAAGCUUGCGUCCUGUUCAACAUUGCUGGCAUUUACACACAAAUUGGCGCCAAACAGGAGCGAAGCACGUGCGCGGGUCUGGACGGCGCAGUGGACGCGUUGCUUCGAGCCGCUGGCACGCUGCGGUACAUCCACGAGAAUUUCACCAAUGCGCCGUCGGUAGACCUCGCCGCUGACACUCUGUUGGUCCUUGGAGCCCUUAUGACCGCGCAGGCCCGCGAGUGCCUGUUCGAGAAGCUGCAGCUGCAGGCGCGCGACGCGUGCGGCGGCCGCGAGCACGAGCUGCGCGACGACCUGGACAUGUGCCUGGACCUGGCGCAGGAGAGCGCGCAGCUCGCGCACGUGUACCGCCAGCUGUACGAGAAGAUGCAAUCUGAAGGUGUGUUCAACUACGUGCCAUACUCGUGGGUCUCUUUAGUCCACGUCAAGACUGAGUUCUACAAAGCGUUGGCACACCAAUAUUGCGCGACGGGACUCCUGCACGCGUCGUCUGCUGCUCGCGUAAAGGACCGCCUGGCCUCACUGUAUGCGCUCGGAGGGGACCGGAAUGUCGACAAUGGUUUAGCUGGAACAGCCACGUUGAAAGAACAAGAGUUAGACCCCGCGGUGCUGGGCAGAGCGCAUUUAGCAGAAGCUCUGGCGCUUUAUGAAGAGGCUUUAAGACUACAGCGGAUGUGCCGCGAACUACGCGACAAAGAGCCGCUGGCGGCCGUGGUGCGUGCGCACGCGGCGCGGGCGGCCCGCGACCGCGCGGCCCGCGGCGACGAGCCCGACUUCAUGGACCUGCUGGACGCGCCCGCCGUGCAACCAUCGUCAAAAUUCCAACUUGCCCUCACACCACCAGAUUUCGCUCAACACAGAGUAGAAGAUCUCUUCAAAUCGCUAGGACCUAUUGCAAUAUUUUCCGCAAAACGUCACUGGAGCGCACCGCGACUAAUACAACUGCAAAAGCACACAGAUAAGAAAAGAGACAACUCCAGAAAAGACAAAAGGAACGGCAGAAUAGAAGAAUACACAGAACUGAAAAGAACAGAAAAACGAGACAGAUCAGAAGACAAUAGCACAUACUACAACCAAAUUCUCAGAAACGAUGAAUCCAUGGAUGAUUAUGAAAAGAAAAAACUACAUAGAGUCAUGAAACAGAACGGUGUUUAUAUAAAUAGUUACAACAAUAAUAAUAAUUACGAUUACCAUCCAAAGGUUAUAGAUUAUUACAAUGGGAAUGAGAAUGGGUAUGAAUAUAUGAAUGGAAAGAAGAAUGGUCGUAAAAAGGACCCCUUGAGGAGGGCGAGUAGUGAAUAUAAUGUUUCUGCUAAAACUGAUGACGGAUUUGGAUUUUCUGUGAGAGGUGACGCGCCCGUCGUUAUCGCCGCCGUUGAACCUAAUUCGUUGGCUGAUAUCGGUGGCAUGCGCGAAGGCGACUUCAUUAUCAGCAUCGGCGACCGCGACGCGAAGUGGGCAUCGCACGAUGAGGUGGUUCGUCUCAUACAGCAGGCUGGGGACACGCUCACGCUGCGCCUGGCUACGCCGAUGGACAAGAGCUGCGCCAAGCCAUCACCGGACACACCUCGUCAAACAAGCUCUAAUCAAGGAUCGGUCUCGGCCGCGUCGACAGCGUCCAGCGGCUCGACAGCCAUCACAGCCAGCCGCUCAGCGCGCCGCGCGCCUUCAUGGAACCCCUUCCGAAGACACUCCUCUAGGGACAACAGUUCGCAUCGCGGCUCUCACACUAGCAACGUCAUAUUUAGAUAAGCGGCAUCUAGUUGUCAUUUUAUGGCGUUAACUCAUAGUCCCGCCAUUAUUCCAGCGUGUAUUGUGUAAUCAGGAGACAUUACUUCAGAAACUACAGUAAAUUUGGAACUAGCGACGUCUCUCAUAGGUAAGCACCAUCUGUCCGCCAAGCCGUCACGUCAGCUCUUGUAAAUAAGAUCGUCUUUGUACUUAUGAUACCAUUCAUGUUGAUUAUUUGUUUGAGAUGCUAAUGUCAAAGACGCCAUUUUUAAUUAGUUAUAAUAGUCAGUUGAAUUAAAUCGUCAUUUUCUUCCGAUACUUUUCAAAAUAGAGCAAAUAAAAUAUAGUGCGGAACACAGUCAUAAAUUAUUGGUAUGUAUGUAUUAAUUAUUUGUUGCCAGUUUCUUGUAUUUUAUUGUAAUUGUAACAGGAAAAAACACUAUCAGUACUUAUUUUGGUAAUUAAUUAUAGCGCCAUCUAUAUUCUAAUUUUGGAGUUAAUAUUAUAAAAGGCGCCAUUUGUUAUUUAGUUCGCGUAUUAAGUCGUUAUUCUUUUGGAAUUGGCGUUCGAGGUCCGCCAUUCAUUUCGCAGGAAAUUUGGUGUCAAUUAAUCCAUGAGUCCAUGAUAAAUUGGUGCGCAUGUGAAGGCAGUGGCGAACAUUUUCAGAUCCCUUACAUAACCGCCAGGCGCAAAGACGUGUCAGUGUUCAAUGAUCGUAAGGUAUACAAUAAAACAAAAACCAUGAGUAUUAUGAUAGACUGUAAUUCGCUAAAAAGUGUAUUCACACGAGCUGAAUUUUAACUGCUAUUUUGCAGUUUAUACCUUGCAGUCAGCAUGUAGUUGCGCCAACAGCAUCCAAACUACUUUCAGACUGCGUUUGCAGUUAUGAUAUGUGGUAAUUAACACAAUCAGGUAACCCACCAAAAAAAAAAUUUAACUACCUAAUCUGUCUCAUAAUGCAAUUGUUAUGGAAACUAGCUAAUUUGGUAAACAGCUACAAUAAAAACUAUAAACGUAGGUUCCUAAAUAUAUAUAUUAACACUGAUUUAGGGAUCUAUCUUCGGCUAUGAAGAAUCCAAAGUGUUCUUUAUAAUUUAUCUUAAAUUAUAUAUAAUUGUUUUACCUUUGGUCCAAAUGUGUUUUCCACGUAGUAGAGUCUACAGGGUUUUUCUUAUUUUUUAAUAUAACACAGAGAUCAAUGAUCAUAGCAAAUAGUACUUGAGCGCAAAAUUUUGAGAAAUAAUAAUUAAUUACAAACAAUGCGGACAAAAGAUUAGAGGAGAAAAAUAGCGCCACUAUAUAAUUUUCCUGGUGUAUUCCGCAAAACUCUACGUGGUCUAUGGUUUCUUUAAAAAAAAGAUGGAUUUUGGACUUCUCGAUUCAACGAAAACACACUUUAUUUUGUGAUAUGCUACGUGGGCACAUAAAAUCCAUCCGAUUGUCUAACGAAUCUGGGCACUUGAAAAGAUUAAUACCUUGAUGUGGAUUAAUGGAAUUUUCCAGAAAUCCCCGAAGCAUGUUACGCUAUGCGGAUUUCUGGAAUUUAAACUUUUUAUCUUUUUUAUCUAUUGCCUUUAUUGUUAUUAAUAUUCAUUUUUUUUAUCUAAACUGGCACGUCUUUAUGUCACUAAAAGACGUUCACAGUUAAGCAAAAUCAGUGAUUUUCCGUUAAAACAUAUCGAAGUUAGUUAUUUAAAUAUAUAUUUUUAAGUAUGUGUUUGUUAAAAUGAUUAUUAC